CACGCCAGACCGACAUCGAAAAGAAGACCCACUCCACCUGACGGAGACAUUCAUUCAUCACACACACAUACACACAAAAAAAAAAAAAAACAAUUACUCACAUUAUUUCACACACUUCUAUUUUAUAGGAUAUAGUCAUAUAAUAUAAUAAUAAUAAUAAUAUAAAUUCUGUUAUGGAUAUCCCUAGAUUGAAACAAUUUGAUCUGAAAAUUUGAAACUGACUGAAAAAAGAGUUAUAGGGUUUGAGAGGGGCGGAUCAAAAAAAUUAUUAUAUAUAGAAAAAACGAAAGAAGAGAAAGGGGUGGAUGACGUCAGUGGUGGUGCAUAUAUAUGAUGUAACAAAUAGUGAUUCAGAAAAAACAAACAAUACAAUUCUUCAGAUCAAUAAGUUGUUCAAAGAUGGUAUUGGUCUUGGUGGUAUCUUCCACAGCGCUGUUCAGGUUUACGGAGAGGAUGAAUGGUCAUUUGGGUUUUGUGAAGAGGGAAGUGGAGUUUUUAAUUGCCCUUCUGGGAAAAAUCCCAUGUACACGUACCGAGAAUGCAUUAUUCUUGGGGAAACAGACCUUACUAAGACGAAAGUCAAUCAGAUCCUCGGGGAACUUAGUACAGAAUGGCCAGGGGACUGUUAUGAUCUGCUGUCAAAGAACUGCAAUCACUUCUGUGAUGAGUUCUGUGAGAGACUUGGUGUGCCUAAACUUCCAGGUUGGGUGAACAGAUUUGCUAAUGCAGGCGACACUGCUGUGGAAAUAGCCGGAAACACUGCUUACAGGUUCAGACAAGCUAAAACAGAGAUUGUGACGGCUAGCAGGGUGGCGUACCAAUUUCUUGCUGGCAUUGCUUCACCCACCUGCUCAACAGAUUCCCUCAAUGAUUCAAGUGAAGAUACAUCCACCCCUAGGUUCCAACAACCUGCUUGGUUUAAAAACCUUGUUGCUGCUGGUGCAAAACCCUCAACUAGUACUACUCUUGAAAAUGGGGAGGAAAACAUAGUGCACAACUUGUCAUCCGAUAUACAACGAUGAGGAAAGAUGAACACCACUGGCAUGCUAAGACGAGUUGUAUAAUGUUUGUUGUUACACCUGUGUAGUACCUUUAUAUACCUUUACUAGAUGGUAAAGACAUCGUCAUUGUGUGACACUGACAUUAUACUCUUGAAGUAAAUGGAGUUGUUUACACACCA